GGGAGGAUAGGGCAAAGUCUUUAUGUGGAGAGGGAGGAGGAAGGAGCCACGCAGGACCACGGCGUUUUUACAGAAAAAAAUAAACACGAUGACCCGCUUAAAAUCUCUUUUAUCAACUCGGGAGUCAUGACGGGUCCAUAGCGUGUGGAGCGUUCUUAUUUUAUUAUUAAUAUUUAUUUUUGAAUCGGCAACAGGAAUACGAGGAGGGGUUCGUGAAGACGAGACGCUUGUCCGAGUUGGACGCUCCACUUUCUCCUCGGAAAGGAUACGACCGGCGAACAACUUUAUACAACAUGCAGGGACUUUCAGCAACUGACCUCCCCGCUGCCUCCACCCAGUACCAGUAUGGGUCGGCCGAAUACCUGCGUUCCCCACGGCUGCUAAAAAAAGGAACAUGUCACGAGAAGCCCGCCGUCAAACCGCGGCCUCAGCCAUCCGCCUCACCCAGACCGUCAGUUGCACAGAAGCCUCAAGUGCCCCCUAAACCGGCGCACCUGCUCGCUCUGGGGCAAGAUAAGAAACCCAAGAGGAUCCCGCCGGCGCCCUGCAGGCCUCUCCCAGCGCCUCCCCCAAAACCCAAACCCAGUGUUGUGCCCCUUGGAGUGCAGCCGCAGAAGGAAAUCCAGAAAGUUGGCCUGCUCAUUGAAAAGUUUGAAAAUUCAAGGGUCCCCAUCUUGGGGGCGCUCCCCCGCUCCCAGCUCCACCUGUGUCUUAGAAUGGACACUGCGUGUGACAUCAGUUCCUCCUGUGACCAGGACACCACAGCGAAACCUCCGGGAGACUCCUCCCCUUUGAACAAAAUGGCACCCUGCACCUCCGAAGGAACCGACGAUGUAUCCGAACUGUCCCGUCUGGCAUCCAUGCACACAGACGGCUCCGACGACACCCCGUUGGACGUGGAGGUGGACAUAGCCCACGGCGACGGUUGCCUUGACGACGGGGAGCGCGACGAAGGCUCAUCCCGCGAAUUCAUCGAUCAUCAAGACUCCUCGGAGCAGAUAAAGAUUCCUAACCGGGACAGCGGCAUCGACAGUCCGUCGUGCGCCGCCGAAGGGGAGGCGUUCCCCAACGGUGACGCCAUCGACGAGGAGGAUCAUUACGACAGCGUCACGGAAACGGAGAGCGUGUCUUGUUGCGUUACCCUAAGCAACAAGCGGGAUUCAACUCAGGAUGAGGACAGCGACUUGGACGAGGGCAGCGGCGGCGAGAUCAACUCUCUGACAGACACGCAAAGCGGGUAUCUGACAGACGCACAAAAAUGCUCAGAGAUCCACAGGUUGCUGAACAUUGCCAAAGAACUUCUCCACACUGAAGAGGCCUACGUCAAGAGGCUCAACCUCCUCGACCAGGUAUUUUGCACUAAGCUCACAGAGGCCGGAAUCCCUCAGGAUGUCAUCACGGGGAUCUUUUCCAACAUCUCCUCCAUCUACUGCUUUCACGACAAGUUCCUGCUUCCAGAGCUCAAGACAAGGAUCACUGAAGAAUGGAAUGCCAACCCUCGUAUCGGGGAUAUCCUCCAGAAACUGGCACCUUUCAUGAAGAUGUACGGCGAGUAUGUGAAAAACUUUGAUCGAGCGAUGGACUUGGUCAACACCUGGACGCAACGGUCUUCGCCGUUCAAGAGCGUCGUCCAAAAUAUACAGAAACAGGACGUUUGCGGUAACUUGACAUUGCAGCACCACAUGCUGGAACCAGUCCAGAGGAUCCCCCGCUACGAGCUCUUGCUCAAAGACUACCUGAAGAAACUGCCCGAUGAUGCUCUCGACCGAAAGGACGCGGAAAAGGCACUGGAGUUGAUAUCUACUGCAGCUAAUCACUCCAACGCAGCAAUCAAGAAAAUGGAGAAGAUGCACAAACUGCUUGAGGUUUAUGAAAGGCUGGGAGGGGAGGAGGACAUUGUGAAUCCAGCCAAUGAGUUUAUCAAGGAAGGACAUAUCAAGAAGAUGUCAGCCAAAAAUGGAACAGCACAAGACAGAUACCUCUAUUUGUUUAACAACAUGGUGCUCUACUGUGUGCCUAAACUCAGACUGAUGGGGCAGAAGUUCAGCGUUAGGGAGAGAAUUGACAUUGCUGGCAUGGAGGUGCAGGAGAACGUGAAGCAGAAUCUUCCUCACACAUUUGCCAUUAUUGGCAAACAACGGUCACUUGAACUUCAAGCCAGGACAGCUGAGGAGAAAGAAGAAUGGAUUCAGGUCAUCCAAGCCACGAUCGAUCGACACAAGCAAAACAGCGAGACUUUCAAUAAAGCCUUCAACAGCUCCUUCUCGCGGGAGGACGACCACGCCCCGGAAUCACCGGGUCCCUGGUCCAACACAUCCAUCGACUCGGACGGCGAAAGACUACAUGAAAGGAAGAGCUCAAGAAAGAAAGACAAAGAAAAGCAGACGUGUAAAGGAUGCAACGAGAGUUUCAAUUUCACAAAGCGUAAACACCACUGCAAGGCUUGUGGAGGGGCUAUAUGUGCAAAGUGUUCGAAAACCUUGGACAACAAAACAAGUCGACUGUGCCCGGAGUGUUUUGAGGCAAGCCUCAGUCUGGAGAAUCUUGGUGGUGAACAAAAAAGGAAAGCUGCGCCUGAGAGACAAGCCUCAUUAACGGGCGAGAACUGCCUCUUGUGUGGCCACCUCCAUGUGCAGGAGAAAGGAAAGAGCUGGACCAAGAUGUGGGUGGCUGUCACCAAGGCCGAGCCACUGGUGUUGUAUCUGCAGAGCAGCGGGCAGGACUUGAAGGGGGCGAGAGCCGUACCUCUGCCUGGGUUUGAGGUGACGACGCCGUCGCCGCCCGCAGGCGAAAGGUCAGAGGUCAAACACACAAUCCGGCUCAGUCACAGUCAGCAAACUGUGCUCCUAAGUACCCAAGAUGGCGAACUCCAUGCCAAGUGGGCGGACCUCCUCUCAAAAGCAGCUCGCAGCGAAAAUGCUGUGAAUGCUUCAACAAAUCUGACUGAACACAGGAAGAGCCAAUAGUGGACACGCCCUCUUUCCCGUAACCCCCCCCCCCUCUCUGUGCCCUCUGUAAAGAGCACACCUUACUUGAAUUCGCUUACCUUGGCACUUUUUGUUUUGUGGAGGAGACCACGCAGUCCUUCCUGUACACCACUUCAGCCUCAUCUUCACUCACACCUCUUCGUCGCCACCGAGCCAUCACAACCUCGACGUGUGCCGUCGGGAUGUUUUGUUCCUCUCCGCAACCUAAGAGGAUCUUUUUGAAUGGACUCCUGUUUUAUUUGUAAUAUAGCUGAAGAUUCCCCACAAGGUUUUAAUGAAUAGGCUCCUUGUAUAUUAUCAUAUUAUUAUUGACUGUUGAAAAGCUUUGUGGUUUUUCCAUAUUAUGUGAAAGUGUGUAUGUGUGUGUGUGUGUGUGUGUGUGUGUGAGCUUCGGCUCCUCCCUGUGUACAUGAAGCAGUUGAAUGUCAGUGUCUGAAACUUGCGCCACUUCCCCCUUUGUUGCUGGGGCACAGUGGCACUUCAGUGGGUAUUGUUGUACAGUAUGUAUACUAUAGUGUGAUGUAAGAAAAAGAAAAUAGAUUUUAAGUUAAAACACACUUGAGAUGUGUACACUUGUGGCCGGCCACUGGCAGCUCCCGCAAAACAAACCCGUUCACCGUAUCUCCAUAUCUUCAAUACAGUAUUUAAUUCCCAUGAUUUGCCUUUCCACGCUUUUUACCAUUUCAACGUAUAAAUGUUUCAUUCUCAGAUGUUUUCUAAGCAUAGCAACACUCUGACCUUCUUCUGACCCUUUGCUGACAUCAUGGAGCUGAAGUACUGUACUUUUUUUCUGCCUUUCCCUCUGUACCCCGCUCCUAUAAGCACCAGCCUUUAACAAAAUGUAGCAAAAAAAAAAAAAAAAGACAAUGUUGGAGCUCAUCUUGCAUGUUACAUCACUCAUAAAGCGGUUAAGCAUAUCAUCAAUAAACAGACAAUGUGGUAAGUGAAGUUCA